GUGAUAGUUUAUGUGACACACGUGAGGUCACGUGUCACGUGUGAGAUUGAUAUAAUAGCCGGCGCGUGUCACGUACAUUAGAGCUACAAAAAUGCGACGACAACACGAAUCAAAUCGCCAACUUUUCUUAAUCACGUCAAUUUUGCAACGUUGAUAUUGUGCAACAGCAUCUGUCAACACUGUCGGAACAGAGGUUUCAGAAUAAUCCACACACCGACCUGGUGAUUUACAGGUAUAAUCAUGGGUAAAGAAGAUAAAAUCAAAUUUUAAUCAAUUAUUUCAAAGACUUCCUUUGCUAUUUUCCAGCUCAUUUCACGUAGUGUCCGAGUGUGAUGGAGAACUAUAUAUUUCCUACCGGGACCGUCCCCCUUCAAUUAAAUAUCUUCCUGAAUCACUGUGUUGGUCGUUCAAAGGCGUGAUAGGCUGUGGUGCUGAGAGGCCCCCGCCCAUCGCUUUCACAGAUGUGUCGAGUGAACGCCCCGUCGGCCAAUGAGAAUUGUUCGUUCCAGUUAGUUGGUAAUUAUAAAAGUGUUCGGCAUGAGCUCUCCUGCACUGCAGUCACGCGGGUAAACAUUGUGUCUGCUGCACGAGGCUAGCUGUCACAGAGAGUAUGGAUCCAAGUCCAUCGCACAUGGAACCAAGUCUCAGCCCAGACGUAACGGCACCCACCUGUCUGAAUGGGGACUCCGAGGAUUCUAUCCUCACCCCCGGGGACCCGACAGUAGGGGGUGGGGACGUCCACAACACAGUGACGGCAACUGACAACACCACCACCAACAACAGAUCCACAGAUGUAAAAUCGCCAUCUUCAACAUCUAACUCGGAAUUACUAGCCGGCAAAAAUUUGACUUUUUCUCCUGAACAGGUUGCGUGUGUUUGUGAGGCAUUACAGCAGAAAGGAGACAUAGAAAGACUAGCUCGAUUCCUCUGGUCUCUUCCUCCGAGUGAAUUAUUACGAGGGAGUGAAGCCGUGCUUAAGGCAAGAGCAACGGUCGCCUUUCAUAGGGGUAGUUACAGGGAACUCUAUGCUAUCUUAGAGAGUCACAGUUUUGAAAGCUCUAAUCAUGCGUUUUUGCAGCAGUUGUGGUAUAAAGCGCAUUACAUGGAGGCUCAGAAGAUACGCGGAAGACCUCUCGGGGCUGUCGAUAAGUAUAGGCUAAGGAGGAAGUUCCCUCUUCCUAAAACAAUCUGGGAUGGCGAAGAGACAGUAUAUUGCUUCAAGGAGAAAUCUCGACAAGCUCUGAAAGAGUGUUACAAACAGAACAGAUACCCAACCCCAGACGAGAAGCGGAAUCUGGCCAAAAAAACAGGACUGACUUUGACGCAAGUCAGCAACUGGUUCAAGAAUCGCCGGCAGCGUGACCGGACCCCUCACAGUCAGGGACACAGCGGACACAGGGACCUAGUUGAGGAAAACAUGAAGCAGGCGAUGCAUCAGAUGUGCAACAUGAACCAGCCCAUGAUGCCUCACGACUACGGCCACCGAGACUUCAAUCUGUCCAUGCCCUUGGUCAAGUCAGAGCCCAUCCCACCCCACUACCUGUGUUCACCACCCAUGGACCACCACCAUCACCACCUGCACCACUCCGUGCCCCCCGUUUGACAGUGGGCCAAUCCAGGAAUGGACUCGACCUGUUGGUAGCAGACGACAUGCUGACGAGAUGUGGUAUAACGACAAUGUUACCUGUGCUUGAGUCCAGUCCUGGAGAGGGUGUUCUUCAUCCGUUUCGGGAAAGGAUGUGCUUCGGACCAGUCCUUGAAAGGAUGUGAGCCCCAUCCUGGUGAAAGGGUACUUUGCGCCAUAAUGAGCUCGGUCUCCAGUAUUUAAUUACGUUGGUUCAUCAGCUUCAACUUUCUGACCUCUAGUUUGCUCUAGACAAAUACUGCCAUGUAGGACUGUCCAUUGCAAACAGAGGACAUCAGAUGUACGCCGUUGGUUAAAACUAAGAACUUACCAGCAUGGAGUGCGUGAAGUCUCCAAGAUGUAUCAACGAACAUUCCUGUCUUCCUCCAGUGUUGGGGGAGACGUUUGAUGGCUUUAAGGACUCAUUUCCUAACUUUUGUCCAAGUCACUAAUGUUGCUUGGAAGAAAGACGUUGACAAUGACACAUUCUGCAAGGUGAAUCUUCUGUACCGUGCUUUGUUAUCUCGUGCUAUGUUUUCUCUGAACAUUUGUUUAUUGUGUAUGUUCCCAGUAUGCUGUGAUGAAGAUGAUGAUGAUGAUGACGAUGGGAGAGUCUUAAAGAACGUGAAUGGGAGAGUGAGUGAUUUCGACACCUAAAGCCCACUGUUUCUGGUACAGUCAUAUCAGAAGUUACGAUGAGGUUAUACUGUAGGUACCAGAAUGUAAAGGAGGAAUAUUAAUUUUGAACGAACGCAGUGCCAUCAGUAGAUUGUUAGCCGUGGACGCUAUCACCACUAUCGUCCUCACGGGGUAUCACAUUGUUUAUCUGGCUACACAUGCCUAGUGCCAGUAUUAACCUUUCAAAUAUUAAAAAACACAUUUAUUAGACACUAGGUUUCAUAAUUGGUCUAGGUUUUAGCCUAAAGAAACAAAAUAAGUACAAAUUGCGACGUUGUGUUCUUUAAAAAGUCUGGAAUUAAUAUAGGUAACGGUGCUACAUCAAAGCAGUUGUUCAUUAGAACCAAGCCUAAGGCCUUCUGUGAACCUAUAUAUGAAUAAUAAACUGAAAUACAGAACAGUUUUCACUCGAAAGUAGUAACUGGAAUUCGGGUAAACAUUUCCACUGAAUGACAAAAACACUGAGGUAGUUCCUCCUCAUCACACUCUUCUUUGGGGUUAUUAUCAAUUUAAUUUGCUGAUACAUUUCAAGACAACUUUAUAAGGUUUUAAAUUUAUUUCGUACUAAGUUUUGUCUGGGAUGAUCAGUAACCUAAAUAAUAAGGAAAUAUUUCCAAAUUUUACAAUACUAUGAUAUUGUAUGACAGUAUAAUACCAACUUCCAGAGGGUGUGUGUGCAUUCUUCUGGACAGAACUAAAUGUAGUGCUAGCGUACAUUGUACUGUAUAUAAUGUAAGACAAUAUAAAGAGUUUUCGCUUUGUCAUGAUGUAUACAGUGUGUCAACAAUUGUUCAAAGAUUAUUCGAGUUAAUGUUAUGGAUUUCCCAUAACAGAGUAAUUUAUAUUUUACAGCAUGCUUUAACUUAUGUCACCCUUUUUUCUAUGUCAGAUGGAUAAUUUCAUAUAAACCUUUUUGCAUUAUGUGUUUUCUUGAAUCAGAAUAAAAAGUGUUAUGUUUACUAUAGUUGAUAAGUCUCAAUUUGUAUUUUAAGUUUUGCAAAAUUGCUGUUACAACGCUUUUCAAUAGUAAAUACCACCCGCGGGUACCAUUGGUUAUUUAAAGAGUCAACAUUGAUAGGAAGCAGCUGAAACAUCGGAUCUGGAACUGUCCCACUAAGCAGCGACAGCUCUACGAGUAAUACUGUAUCUUAAGUCUGGAAGUCAAUCCUGGAAGUGGCGCUGAGAAUGUUCUGCGGAAUGGCCCUGAACACAAACCUUUACAGCCCAACCUGAAAUGAAGUGUGAAGUGCUGAUAGGACCACCGAGGUGGACACAUUCUGUGUGUCCCUGUUAUUCUCAACAUGUAUGAUUAUUUUCACUUUGUGUUAAUCCUCAUGGUAUUUUUGAUACUCCGAUGACGUCAUUGCCUAUUGCUAUUAAGUGCACAUCUCCAGGAUUAAGUCUCUGAUAAUUAUCCUCAUGCAUUUAUUUAAAUGGACUAAGUUUAUUCAUCACGCUAUGUAAUGUCCUUUGGGGCUUUUGAUCUCGGCUGCUGAAGACUCCGUCGAAAUUCAAAUAUAUCACUUAGUGCUUAGCCAUAGUGCUCUUGUCGCUUUGGUGGAACGGACCCAGAUGAUAGCGACAUGGAUACAAAGUUAACAUAUUUGCAUCAAUGCAGCAGUAGACAUGGUUGCCGUGACCUCCUUUCAAAAAGGAUUCGGAGAUAUCACCGUCGAUCUCAAAAUGUGCAUCUGAAGGCGUUUAUAUAAUGUAAACUAGGUGUCACGUUCAGAUAAUGGAUGUAUAUCUGACAGAGUUAAGUGCCCUUACCUCCGAGUGUUCAGUUGAAGGGCGCUAACAAAGUUUCAUCUAUUUUUCAAUUUUUUUAAUGUUUGUUACAUUCUUUAUUUUUCGUCUAACAUGACUAUCGAUUCUGUGUGAGUGAGCAAGACGUUCGUGGUCUUCACACGUUACCGUAUACUCGUGUUCAUUUUAUAUGUGCAAUCAUGUCCGAAAAUAAACAAAUGAUAAAACAAUA